UGUGUUACUGUUUCUCUCCGUGAACAUCCCAGCAAACUUAAACCAAACACAACGCCCCUCAAUUCUUGAUCUGAUUCUGUUCUGUAUCACCUUAUCGACUCACUUUGUGAUAGAAAAAUGGAGACUAUCUUCUUGCUAUACAUAGUCAAGUAAAUUUCUGGAUUGACAGAUUAAUUAUCUGCCAAUUUUCUUUCGAGUCUCAAUCCCACCUUUUGCUUGCUCUCAUUUUCCUGGGGCAUCAGAUUUUGCUUCUGUUUUGAGGAGUCCCAGUUUAUAAGUGGAUGGUUUGAUACAAAAUUUUCUGAGGUACUGGUAUUAAGGCAUGGGUAGCAGUAAGAUGGAUAAAACUUCAAAUGACAAGGAGCCUAAGACUCCUGCUGCUACGGCACAGGAGCAGCCUUCAACCACCAGCACUGGAGCAGUAAAUCCUGACUGGCCUAGUUUUCAGACAUAUUCUCCUAUACCUCCACAUGGAUACUUGGCAUCAAGUCCGCAAGCACAUCCAUAUAUGUGGGGCGUCCAGCCUAUUAUGCCUCCCUAUGGUACUCCACCGCAUCCUUAUGUUGCAAUGUAUCCCCCUGGCGGCAUAUAUGCUCAUCCAUCAAUGCCUCCGGGAUCUUAUCCUUUCAGUCCAUUUGCCAUGCCUACUUCUAAUGGUAUUGCUGAGGCUUCAGGAAACACGCCUGGCAGCAUGGAGGGUGAUGCUAAGCCUCCUGAGAUGAAGGAAAAAUUGCCAGUAAAAAGAUCAAAAGGAAGUUUGGGCAAUUUGAAUAUGAUCACGGGGAAGAAUAAUGAAAUUAGUAAAAACCCAGGGACGUCUGCUAAUGGAAUUCAUUCAAAAAGUGGUGAGAGUGCAAGUGAAGAUACAAGUGAAGGAAGUGAUGCAAAUUCUCAAGAUGACUCUGAGUUCAAAUCAGGAGGCAGGCAUAAUUCCUCGGAAGCUGAACCACUUCAAAAUGGAAGUUCAGUGCAUGCUCCUCAAAAUGGGGGAGUUAAUACACAUCAUAAGGUGGUUAAUCAAGCUAUGCCUAUAUCUGCCCCCGGUGCUCCUAUAGCUGGUCCCACGACAAACCUGAAUAUUGGAAUGGAUUAUUGGGGAGCACCAACUUCUGCUGCAAUUCCUGCACUGCACGGAAAGGUUCCUUCUGGUGCAGUUGCUGGGGGAAUGGUUACUGCUGGAUCCCGGGAUAAUGUUCAGUCACAACUUUGGCUUCAGGAUGAAAGAGAGCUUAAAAGACAAAGACGGAAGCAAUCUAAUAGAGAAUCAGCUCGCAGAUCCAGGUUACGCAAGCAGGCAGAGUGUGAUGAGCUAGCGCAGCGUGCUGAGGCCUUGAAAGAAGAAAACGCUUCUCUCCGGUCAGAAGUGAGUCGAAUUAAGAGCGAGUACGAACGGUUGCUCUCAGAAAAUGCUGUACUCAAGGAGAGAAUGGGGGAACUUCCUGAGAAAGAAGAUUUUAGGCCAGGCCAGAAUGAUGAAAAUGCCAGUAACGAAGCUCAGCAGACGGGGGAGGCUGUGAAAGGUGAUCAGUAGAGUUUAGCUACAUGCUGAGUGUGGCUUUUCAGGAAUAUAACCUAACCAAGUAACAACGGCGAGUUCUUGUUUUAGAUAGCUUUGUAUAUCAAAUUUGAUUUUAGAACUGACCAUCAAUGUUAAGUCUCACUGUAUCUGCGUUCUGCAGUUCCUGUUGUAAUGUACCAUUCCCCAUUUCUAAUUUAGCUUGUUGGACAGUCAAACGAAGCUGUAUUGUAUGUAUCUUUGUCAUAAUGGAUUCACUUGAACCACUCAGAUUAUAAUUAAACGGUUCAGAUUCUAUUUUA